AUGAAUUCUUCAGUAUCGGCUGUAAAGUAUUUAGUUUCUACUACAAAGCAUUUACUAUCCACUGAGGACUCUGAACCGGAGGAUCUGCUGAUCCUGAACCCGCAGGACUCAGAACCGGAGGAUCUGCUGAUCCUGAACCCGCAGGACUCAGAACCGGAGGAUCUGCUGAUCCUGAACCCGCAGGACUCAGAACCGGAGGAUCUGCUGAUCCUGAACCCGCAGGACUCAGAACCCGAGUAUCUGCUGAUCCUGAACCCGCAGGACUCAGAACCGGAGGAUCUGCUGAUCCUGAACCCGCAGGACUCAGAACCGGAGGAUCUGCUGAUCCUGAACCCGCAGGACUCAGAACCGGAGGAUCUGCUGAUCCUGAACCCGCAGGACUCAGAACCCGAGUAUCUGCUGAUCCUGAACCCGCAGGACUCAGAACCGGAGGAUCUGCUGAUCCUGAACCCGCAGGACUCAGAACCGGAGGAUCUGCUGAUCCUGAACCCGCAGGACUCAGAACCGGAGUAUCUGCUGAUCCUGAACCCGCAGGACUCAGAACCCGAGUAUCUGCUUAUCCUGAACCCGCAGGUCUCAGAACCCGAGUAUCUGCUGAUCCUGAACCCGCAGGACUCAGAACCGGAGUAUCUGCUGAUCCUGAACCCGCAGGACUCAGAACCCGAGUAUCUGCUGAUCCUGAACCCGCAGGACUCAGAACCCGAGUAUCUGCUGAUCCUGAACCUGCAGGACUCAGAACCGGAGGAUCUGCUGAUCCUGAACCCGCAGGACUCAGAACCGGAGGAUCUGCUGAUCCUGAACCUGCAGGACUCUGAACCGGAGGAUCUGCUGAUCCUGAACCUGCAGGACUCAGAACCGGAGGAUCUGCUGAUCCUGAACCCGCAGGACUCAGAACCGGAGGAUCUGCUGAUCCUGAACCCGCAGGACUCAGAACCCGAGUAUCUGCUGAUCCUGAACCCGCAGGACUCAGAACCGGAGGAUCUGCUGAUCCUGAACCCGCAGGACUCAGAACCGGCUGGAGCGCAUUAUUAUUAUAUCUCUGAAGAUCUGCAGCUUCAGAGAGACACAACAAUACAGCUCUGUUCCACAGAUCAGAAGCUCAGAGGAAUUAUGGGAAAUGCUGAGAGAUUUGAUGGAGAUACAGGGUUUUGACUCGUGUAAGAGUUCAGUGUUCAGUGUAGAGGAGUCGGACUGAUUGGACUUGUUUUUUCCAGUAACUGAUAAUUAUUCAACAAUUAGUUUUGUGAAUUAUUCAGUAUCCGCUAUGAAUACUUCAGCAUCCAUAGUGAAUCGUUCAGUAUCAACUACGAAGUGUUUAGUCUCUACUACAGAUUAUUCACUGUUCACUAUAAUUUAUUCAGUAAUUAUUACAGAUUAUUCACUAUGAAUUAU